GGCUGAGGGCUCGGGGCUGAGGGCAGCGCCCGUCCGGGACUCGCAGCUCCGUGGCAGCGUCGAUUCAGCCGCCGGUCGGAGCCCCGAGAGCAAGGAGAAGCAGGUCAGCUCUACAAAACAAGAUGUGUUGGCAAAUCAUCCCAACCACGUUUGUGCUGAUGGACUUCCUUCAGAUGGCAGCUGCCCAUUGCAUGGUCCAUCCAGUUCCUGCUAGGAAUUUCACUCUGCCCUGUGUGCUGCUGAAUGAGACUUUUCUGAGCCCUUUCUCAGCUGGGAGCUGGAGGAGAGAACUUGGAACAUCCCAAAUCAAGCCUUUAAUGAAUGAAGAAAAUUUUCUGUGCUGCCUUUGGAGUGCCAGCAGCAUUGAUUGUUCUUUGUACAGAGCAAGCAUGCAGGCAAGGAAGUUUAUUCCUUCAGAAAUAAAUCUCUCUGCUCCUCAGCAAAUAGAUUGGAGCUGGAACAUGGAAUGUUGGAUUAGAGGCAAGCUGGACCUGUUGGUUUGUAAGCUGCAGCUUUUGGGGCUGGAGCUGAGAGCUGACCUGAAGGUGAAUCUUUUAUACUCUGGAUCAGAGCUGUCCCUGGGAGCUGCAUCCACGAGUUCCCUGCAGGGCACGGUGAGGGUGGCUCGGUGUGACUGCGGGGACACGGCCAGCUGUGAGUGCCUGGUGACCUCCCCGAGGCUGAACCACACCUACGUGCUGUGGCUGCAGGCGGGGACAGGGGACACAGCCCUGGGCUCCCCUCUGCUGGCCCUGCAGCCCACGGACAUCGUGAAGCCUGAAGCCCCCGUGAAGCUGCACCUGGAGCUGGCUGAGAGGGGCCAGGUGAAGCUCUGCUGGUCCAGCCCUGCCCUGCUGCCCUUCCCUCUGCAGCACCAAGUGAGGAUCUGUGCUCCUGCAGGACGUGGGGACAGCCAGCAGGUGCUCCAGGUUGCUCUGGAGAGCUCAGUGGCCAUAGACAGCGCCCUGCUGGACUCUCCCUGCUCAGUGCAAGUGAGGAGCAGCAAUCUGCAGGGCCCAGGCUUCUGGAGUGACUGGAGCUCACCCUACAACCUCACUCUGGGAGCUCAGGUGCUGUACUUCCCUUCCAGGACCCUGACCAGCGCUGGCUCCAACAUUUCCUUCCAGUGCCUGUUCCAGAGCAGCAGGGAUGUGGUUUGGUGGCUGAACCUGGCAGAGCAGAUCCCAGCCAGCCAAUAUUCCCUGCUGAGCCCUCGUGUGAGCCAGGUCACCCUGUUCAACCUGAGAGUCCCCGAGCCUGGGGCACCUUUCCUGUCCCAUGCUCUGUACUGCUGCCACCAGAGCAGGGAGUGCCACCGGGGCUAUGCUGAGUUCUAUGUCAUAGACAUGGAUUUCAAUAUCUCCUGUGAGACUGAUGGGUACUUGAGUAAAAUGACCUGCAGGUGGUCUGCAAACCCAACCACCUUGCUCCUGGGGAGUUUGCAGUUAAGAUAUCACAGGAGCCAAAUUUACUGCUCUGAUUUUCCAAGGCUGUCUCCAAACUCAGAGGUGAAGGAAUGCCAUUUCCAGGGGAAUCAUUCCUAUGAGUGCACAUUCCAGCCCAUUUUCCUUUUGUCUGGAUACACCCUGUGGAUAGAAUUUAAACAUUUCCUGGGAACUCUGGAAUCCUCCCCAACCUGUGUCGUUCCAGCAGAUGUGGUGAAGCCUCUCCCCCCUUCUGAGGUGGGAGCAGAACUGAGCAGGAAUUCCUGGGGGCUGCUGAACGUCAGCUGGACCAAGCCUGUGUUUGCCAGCAGGGAUCUGAGGUUCCAGAUCCGCUGGAGCUCAGCCAGCAGGGAGCACAUUCCAUGGCAGCUUUAUGAGGUGCCAGACCCUGCAGGCAGCUGGGCUGUGAUAAAAGUGGAGCAGCUCUGUGUGGAAUACGUGGUCCAGGUCCGCUGCAGGGAAUUGGACGGCGCUGGAUACUGGAGUGACUGGAGCAGAGCAGCCCAAACCCUGGUUCAGGACAUCAGAGCUCCUUUGCAAGGCCCGGAAUUUUGGAGAAUCAUUUCUGAGGAUCCAGCGAGGAAACAGAGGAAUGUGACACUCCUGUGGAAGCCCCUGAUGGAGAAUCACUCGCUGUGCAGCGUGAGCAGCUACAUCAUAAAGCACCAGACCCCAGGGAACAGCUCCUGGGAGGAGCUGGUGGAUCAUGGCACCAGCUGGACCUUCCCAUGGACUGAGCCAACCCACACCAUCACCAUUUUAGCCAUGAAUUCAGUUGGGAUUUCUGCAGUUAAUUCUGAUUUAACUCUGUCCCAGCAGAUGAGCACAGUGGAUGCUGUGCAAUCCCUGAGUGCUCACCUGCUGAACAGCUCCUGUGUGCUGCUGCUUUGGGCUCUGUCCCCCCACACCCCUGGGAUCAGAUCCUUUGUGAUUGAGUGGAGGAACCUGAACAAAGGGGAGCAGAUGAAAUGGCUGCGAGUUCCUCCCAGUCUCAGGAAAUAUUUUAUUUAUGAUCACUUUAUCCUGAUUGAGAAGUACCAGUUCAGCCUCUACCCUGUGUUUGCUGGAGGAGUUGGCAAAGCCAGAGCCACGGAUCAGUUUGCCAAAGGGGGAUUUGAAACUGGGAGUAGUGGCAGCCUCCACCUGGUUCUGCCAAUUGUUUUUUCCACCUCAGUUUUGCUGCUGGGAGCGGUGCUGGUGUCACACCAAAGGAUGAAGAAGCUGCUCUGGGAGGAUGUUCCCAACCCCAAGAACUGCUCGUGGGCACAGGGAGUGAAUUUCCAGCAGCCUGAAACUCUGGAGCAUCUCUUUGCCAAGCACCCCGAGCCAAUGUCGUGUGAGCCACUUCUGCUGGAGGCAGAGCUGGUGCUGGGAGACAUCAACAUCACCAAACCCUCGGAAAAAGAAGAGCCAGGAGAAUUUUUAGGGAUUGAUUGCACAUUUCCAACCCCCCAGGACUCAGAAUGUGACUCAGCAUGCUCCAGCAGCCACUUCCAGAGCAGCAGCUCCUCCAGGAGCUGCCAGGAUGGAGAGGGCAGGGCUCAGUGUGAGCUCAGAUACGCCACAGUCAUCGACAAUUCCCCAUCCGGCCUCUGCCGACGGAAAACAAACCCAAGGAGUUCUUUGGGCAGCUCCUUCCUAGGGGAGCAUUCCCUGCCUUUGGGUGCCUUCUCCAGUGGUGCUUGGGAAGUGGGCAGUGGGGCUGUGCUGGUGUUGCCUGGCUCCCAGCCCAGCAGGGCUCUGUCCCUGCUUUCCUCAGAGGGAUUCUCGGAGCCUUUGGAUGAUGAUUUCCCCGGCGGUGCGGAGAGGAGCCUGUAUUACCUGGGGAUAACAUCCCUGCACAAGGGACACAGGGACAUUUUCCUGGCAGGCAGCUCCAGGGGGAUGUGUCAGCUCCAGAGCACAGCUCUGCUCACAGAGGGGAUGGUUCUGCAGCACAUCCCAGCAGAUGUCAGGGAGUUCAUCCAAGGCAGCCUCAAGCCCAAAGGCGCCGUUCCCUACGUCCCACAGUUCCGGGUGGCCACAGCCAAAGGGCAGGAGGCCACGGAGAAAAAGUGACACAAUCACCCCAAAAUUCCACAUUCCUGAAGUUUUUCCAGGUGUUGAUGCAUUCCCCUGUUUUCCCUCUCUUGAUUUAUCCAGCUUGUUCUGGUUUUAGGCUUCAGCUGGAGCACCCAAGGGUGAGAGAGCUGAUCCAAGGCCUGGAAGAUUUCUGUGGGAGAAAAGCUGGAAUGAAAUAAAAGCCAUUUCCUUGGGAAUGAUUUGUGACAUCAGCUCAGCCUGGAUGUGCUUGGAAGGAAUGGAUCAAGGAGUGAAAGGCUCAGGGCACUGCAGGAAAAGGAUCCAAAUUCCUGUGUCUCCAUUAAUUGGAUAAAAGAAGUAUCCACAUUUUAUUGUUGAACUCAAGAUGGCAAGAAGUGCAGUUUUACACUGACAUCUCUCCCCAAGCUCUUUUCUAAGAUGCCAUGGGAGAAAAGACAGGAAUUGAAUGUUGCAUUUUUGGUUUUGGGGGUCCAACCUGUCUGUGUGGCCUUGCAGAAGUCACUGUGCCUCUACAACCCUGCCAGGAGGCCUCAGGGGGGAGGGAAUCAGGUCUGGAUUUUCUGGGAGAAGCAGGAAAACAAACCCACUCGCUUUUGAAAGCCAAAGCUAUUUUUUAUUUGUUUUUAUUUCAUAGUUCACAAGUAUUUUUCUACACCUGCCUUUUCAGAGGACUAUUUUGAGGAGUGAAGGAGGAUGAAUUCAUUGUGUAUUCCAAAGAAUAAAUUUCUGUCAAACUUCAGAGAGACAAAUCCAAAAGGGCAAAACUGACAUUAGAAACCAAAGCAAGGGUGAAUUUAAACCCAGUUUCACACAAAACCCCACUGCUGCUUUUUGUUAAGGUGCUGACCUGGCUCUUAUGGGGCUCUGUGACACUGAUCUGAUGUUCUGGUUUACAAAAUAUUGUGUGGGGUGAGGAAUUAAAAUCUGUUUUGUGUUAGGAACCAGAA